CCAGGCGCAGCUGCGGCGGCAAGCGGCCGAACUGCAGGAGCGUCAGGAUGAAUGCGACGCGCUCCAGAGGGAGCUGGCCUCGACCCGGCGGCAGCUGCUCUGCAGCGAGGAGCGUGCGGCCGCAGCUUCGGGGUUGCCGAGCCCGCUGGCACUGCCGACGCUGCAGAGCGCCACCGCCGGCACGGGCGCCACGGACAGCCUGCCCGGGUCGGCCUGCGCCGCCGGCGACCCGCGCGGCCUCCGCGCCGGGCCGUGGGAGCACCUGGACCACCGCUGGCGGGAGCCGGACGAGGAGGGGAUAUCCAAGGCGAGGCACCAGCAGGUGCUCCCCGCCAUCGAUGCGGUCGGCGCGUGAGGGGCCCUCCUCGUGCCGCGGGGGCGGGGCCAGGCCGAGGAGGCGGUGGCCGCGGGCCCGGGUUUCACGCGCGCCCCGCACGGGGGCCGCACUGCCAGACGUGUCGCCGAUUCCCUCGUACGUGGGGCUGCGAACGCAUCUCUGCGGCGCGGGGCGCACCACGGAAGCGCCGUCGAUUCCGGGAGGAGGAGGAUGCGG